AUGGUAGAAUGUUCUGGCGGAAUUUGUGUGAGCAAAGCGUUGUGCCCAAAUGAAACGUAUAACUUCAACCUUUCGAAAGAAAACUCUCUAAUAACAUUACGUAUAGAUGAUACCGAUGAGUGUGAAAACUACCUACAAAUAUGUUGUAAGCAUGAAGUCGAUGAUAUUAUGGAACCUCCCCCUUCAACAACGUAUGGUGAAGUAUGUGGUCAAACGAACGAAAAUGGACUAUUCUACAACCUGCACACCAACGAAACGGUGGCACAAUAUGGAGAGUUUCCUUGGGUGGCAUAUGUUGCGACGGUCAACAGAACAACAUCGUCUACGUAUGCAUUUGUAUGCGGUGGAACACUUAUACACCCUUGGCAUGUCCUUACAACGGCGCAUAAUGUAGAAGGAAAAACCAACUUGAUUGUGCGAUUCGGAGAGUGGGACAUCGGAACUGAUAAGGAGCCAUAUCCUCACCAGGAUGUUGAUGUGGAAAUUAUAAUGCAUCCAAAAUACAAGCGUAUACCUAUCCAGAACGACAUCGCUUUGCUAGUUCUUGAAAACGAAGUGUUGUACCAGCCACACAUUCAGCCGAUCUGCCUGCCCCAGGAAACUGACACAUUUGAUGGCCAACGGUGCAUCUCUAACGGAUGGGGAACUGUACAAGGGACCUACGCGGCGAUUAUGAAGAAGAUCAACCUUCCCGUGGUUCCGCGAGCCAGAUGCGAAAGGAUGCUACAGGAUGCCGGCCUUGGGCCAUUCUAUCGCCUUCGGCAAGAAUACAUGUGUGCCGGUGGAGAAUCCAACGUAGAUACGUGCAAAGGAGACGGCGGUUCCCCGUUAGCUUGCAAACACGCAAAUGGGAGUUUUGUGCUGGCAGGAAUUGUAUCUUGGGGCAUUGGCUGUGGUGGAUAUAAUCGUCCCGGUGCAUACGUUUCGGUUAAUCAAUAUCUAGACUGGAUAUAUGAACAAAUAGAGAGAACGAUACAAGUGCUUAAAGUUAAUAUUACAUGAAGCAAAAAUCACCCUUUGAGAAAUAUAGAAUGCUGUCAAACUGUCAAAAAUGGAGCACGAGCCAGACCAUA